AUGGAAAUGAGUGACAAAAGUCCACGCAAAAGAAGCCUAGUUCCGAAGUCAAUUCUUAUCUUUCCCCUCCGUAAGCGAACAAAACCAUUGGAAAAAAUCCUUAUUUUUUGCCAAAAAACCCACCUUUAGUGAGUGAACUAAAAAUUUUUUAUGAAAAAAUAUUCUUAUAUAUAAGUGAUAAUUAUUAUAAUGAAGUCUCUAGAUAUUCUGCUUAAUUUUAAACAGCUUGCAUUUUAAAAUAUAAAUUUCACAAAUUAAAUUAAUAUUUGUUUUAAAAUUAUUCCAAAUUAGGGAUUUUUCGAAAUUUUGAAAAAAAUUAACUCCUCCGUAAGCGAACAAAAUUAUUGUUCACUCACAUAGGGGGGAGUAAGAAAAUUAUCACAGCUGACCAGUCUAAUAAUUCCCUCACACAAAGUAUAAGCGAUCCUAAGCCUAAUAUUAAAGCUAAAAAAGUCUGCUUUCCUGAUCGUUCAAAGAAUAUGCCUCUAUAUACAGUAAUCGAGGUGGAACCGAUUAUAUACCCAGAAGUAUCGAAGAAGACAGGAUGCCAUUGCAUUGUAUUUUAA